GUCCGUCGGUUCCGGGCGGGAGCGCACGGAGCGAGCUCGCGGGCGGGCGAAGGACGGCGGCGGCUGUUCCCCUCGCGGGCCGGCCGAGUGGCGUGGCGGCGGGCCUGCCGCGGGUCGCGCGUGGCGCCGACGCGGCCGGAACCUUGUGCGCGCGGGCGUUGUUUCCGCGGGGAGCGUUCUCCGGGAGACACCGGCCUCCCUCUCCUCCCUCCCUCCCUCCCCCACCCCGCUUGCCUGGCUCGCUUCCUUCCCGGUAACGGACUCGGCGGAGGCGCCGCCCGGCAUCGAUGGCCUCGGAGGCCUGAGGAGGAGGCGGCGUUGGUGGAGGAGGCGGCGGCGGCGGCAGGAUGGAUCCCGGCGGGGACGGCGGCUGCCCAGGGCCUGGCGGCGGCGGCGGCACUAGCGGAGGCAGCGGCGGCGGCGGCGGCGGCGGCGGGAAGCCGAGCCUGCAGCUGGUCUACCAGGCCGUACAGGCGCUCUACCACGACCCGGACCCCAGCGGGAAGGAGCGCGCCAGCCUCUGGCUCGGGGAGCUCCAGAGAUCGGUCCACGCCUGGGAGAUCUCCGAUCACUUGCUGCAGAUCCGGCAGGAUGUAGAAUCCUGCUACUUUGCAGCCCAGACCAUGAAGAUGAAGAUCCAGACCUCGUUCUAUGAGCUCCCGACGGACUCACACGUCUCGCUACGGGACUCUUUGCUUUCCCACAUCCAGAACUUGAAAGACAUGUCCCCUGUCAUUGUCACCCAGCUUGCAUUAGCAAUAGCAGACCUUGCCCUACAGAUGGCCUCUUGGAAGGGCUGUGUGCACACACUGGUUGAAAAGUACAAUAAUGAUGUGAUGUCGCUGCCUUUUUUGCUGGAGAUCCUGACGGUGCUUCCGGAGGAAGUCCACAGCCGGUCCUUGCGCAUUGGAGCCAACCGCCGCACAGAGAUCAUUGAGGACUUGGCGUUCUACUCCAGCACCGUGGUUUCUCUGCUGGUGACCUGUGUGGAGAAGACGGGCAACGACGAGAAGAUGCUCAUUAAGAUCUUCCGCUGCCUGGGAAGCUGGUUCAACCUGGGGGUCUUGGACAGCACCUUCAUGGCCAACAGCAAGUUACUGUCGCUGCUCUUUGAGGUUCUGCAACAGGACAAGACGUCGUCCAACCUGCACGAAGCCGCUUCGGACUGCGUCUGCUCGGCGCUCUACGCCAUUGAGAACGUGGAGACCAACCUGCCCCUGGCGCUGCAGCUCUUCCAGGGGGUCUUGACACUUGAGACGGCCUACCACAUGGCCGUGGCCCGGGAGGACUUGGACAAGGUUCUGAAUUACUGCCGGAUCUUCACUGAACUCUGUGAGACCUUUCUGGAUAAAAUCGUGUGCACUCCGGGCCACGGCCUGGGGGACCUGCGGACCAUCGAGCUGCUCUUGAUCUGCGCAGGCCACCCGCAGUACGAGGUGGUGGAGAUUUCCUUCAACUUCUGGUACCGUCUGGGGGAGCAUCUUUACAAGACGGAGGAUGCCAUCAUCCACAGCAUUUUCAAGGCCUACAUUCAGCGGCUGCUGCACGCACUGGCUCGGCACUGCCAGCUGGACCCAGAUCACGAAGGGAUCCCUGAGGAGACGGACGACUUUGGAGAGUUCCGGAUGAGGGUGUCAGACCUCGUGAAGGACUUGAUCUUCCUGGUUGGCUCUGUGGAGUGUUUUGCCCAGCUUUAUGCGACCCUGAAAGAAGGCCACCCUCCCUGGGAAGUGACGGAAGCCGUGCUCUUCAUCAUGGCCUCCAUAGCCAAAAGUGUUGACCAGGAGAACAACCCAACGCUAGUGGAGGUGCUGGAGGGGGUGGUGCGUCUGCCGGAAUCGGUGCACACGGCGGUCCGCUACACGAGCAUUGAGCUGGUUGGCGAGAUGAGCGAAGUUGUGGACAGGAACCCCCAGUUCCUUGAUCCGGUGCUUGGCUACUUGAUGAAGGGCCUUUGUGAGAAGUCUCUCGCCUCGGUGGCUGCCAAAGCGAUCCACAACAUCUGCUCUGUGUGCCGGGACCACAUGGCCCAGCACUUCAGUGGGCUCCUGGAAAUCGCUCGGUCCCUGGACUCCUUCAUGCUCUCGCCGGAGGCUGCGGUAGGACUCCUCAAAGGGACGGCACUGGUGCUGGCCAGGCUCCCCCUGGAGAAGAUCUCGGCAUGUCUCAGCGAACUCUGUGCCGUUCAGGUGAUGGCGCUCAAGAAGCUGCUCUCCCAGGAGCCGAGCAAUGGCCUCUCCUCAGACCCCACUGUGCCCCUAGAUCGUCUUGCUGUUAUAUUUAGGCAUACCAACCCUAUUGUAGAAAAUGGACAGACCCAUCCGUGCCAAAAAGUCAUCCAGGAGAUCUGGCCAGUCCUGUCAGAGACCCUGAACAAACACCGUGCCGAUAACCGCAUUGUGGAACGCUGCUGCCGGUGCCUGCGCUUCGCGGUCCGUUGCGUGGGCAAGGGGUCUGCAGCACUCUUGCAGCCGCUGGUGACUCAGAUGGUGAGCGUCUACCAGGAGCACCAGCACUCCUGCUUCCUCUACCUGGGCAGCAUCCUGGUGGACGAGUACGGGAUGGAGGAGGGGUGUCGGCAAGGGCUGCUCGACAUGCUGCAGGCUCUGUGUGUCCCCACUUUCCGGCUCGUCGAGCAACCGAAUGGCCUCCAGAACCACCCGGACACUGUGGAUGACCUCUUCCGGCUGGCAACCAGGUUCAUCCAGCGCAGCCCCGUCACGUUGCUGCGCAGCCAGGUGAUCUUGCCCAUCCUGCAGUGGGCCAUUGCUGCCACCACUCUGGACCACCGCGAUGCCAACUGCAGCGUCAUGAAGUUCCUGCGCGACCUUGUCCACACGGGCGUGGCCAACGACCACGAAGAGGACUUUGAGGCCCGGAAGGAGCUCAUUGGGCAGGUGAUGACGCAGCUGGGCCAGCAGCUGGUGAACCAACUCCUGCACACCAGCUGCUUCUGCCUGCCGCCUUACACCCUGCCGGACGUGGCAGAGGUGCUGUGGGAGAUCAUGCAGGUCGACAGGCCGACCUUCUGCCGCUGGCUGGAGAACUCCCUGAAGGGCUUACCAAAGGAAACCACGGGGGGAGCCGUGCAAGUGACGCACAAGCAGCUGACAGACUUCCACAAGCAGGUCACAAGUGCUGAGGAGUGCAAACAGGUGUGCUGGGCCCUGAGGGACUUCACCCGGCUCUUCCGGUAGCCUGCGCCUCCUUCACGCUGCCUGUCUCCCAGGAAUGUCUUAUUUUCAGAAGCGGAAAUAAAACGCAACCAAGACGGUGUCCCACAACCAGCAAACUUCAUGGCGGCCAAGGGUCCUGACUUGCUCUGUGGUGUCCUGCCAGUCCAGAAGAGAAACCUUCGCCACGCGGAUGAGUCGGUGAAGUUCCUGCUUGUGAGUGAGAGAGAGAGAGAGAAGGAAAAAAAAAAGUGCAAAACCAGGGGGGGUGCAACGUAUCCACGACGAUCGAUGGCUGCAGCCGACCUACGGCAUCGUGGGGGGAGGGGGAGCUGCUUUCCAGAUGGACUUGCUUUAAGGGGGGGGGAAAUAAACCAACAAAACACACACAAAAAAACCACAAAAAGGAAAAUAGAAAUAAAAUGUUUAAAAAAAACCAACAAAAAAGAAACAAUAGAAAACUAAAUUUGCCUGGUAGCAAAAAAAAAAAAAAAAAAAAGAUUAAAAAACAAAAAAACCGAAGUAGAAAACUUUCUGUGAAAUGAAAAUAAAAUAAUUACUUAAGGAUUGAUGGGGAUUAAAAAAAUCUAUCUAUCUAAUCUAACCAAACCAAUAGUCUGCCCUGCGGGUGGGGGUGGGGAAAGUGGGGAGCAUCUCCGUUGCGGGCAAACCCGCCUUCCCGGUUUCCAGAGCUCGGCCUCCCUCCCGAACCCCACAGGAAAGGUCCGCUUGGCACUGACCCCCACCCUGGCACGCAGGAUCUCUGGGUGACCAGGAAGGGGUGGCCCUGCUCCUCUCUGGCCCCAUCCAUGCGUUGCUUACUUUGAUAAACUGUUAUAAUAUAUAUAUUAUAUUAUAUAUUUUUCUUUUUUUAAGUUGAUUUGGGUUUUUUGAAAACUUGGUUUUAAAUUUGUUUGGGAUUUUUUUACCGCGUGUCGGGGGGGGAGGGGCUCUGGAGAACACAGGCAGGCAGGCUACUUUGUGGAAUCAAUCCGGCAACGACUCGGGGGGCGGGGGGGGGGGGAGUCACGGGCCCUGCGCAGACGUUCAGGCAGGAAAGGGGGAGGUGUUCCGUCUGGUGUUGUAGCCAUCUCGAGAACAAGAGGAAAAAACCCACAAAAUAAAUAAAAAUGGACAAAAAAUUUAAAAAUU